AAGUGUCACACGUCGGACCGAGAUUGGACAAGAUUUGGCAAUUAAAAGGAAGUCAGUAUCAAGAAAUAAUCAUGGACAACCGUCAACAAGACAAGCAGUAUUUAGAGCCCGGGUCACAAGAUCCAAUCCCUUCAUCAUCCUGGUAUAGAUAUAAAAAGCUUUCGAAUAAAGGGGUAACAGAUGACCCUUCUCAAUUUGCUACUCGUAAUACGGAAAAUGAGCAGGUGAUGGACUAUAAUUUUUCAAAUUCUGAUAAUAUAAUGGAGGAACAAAUUUUGCAGGAAUAUUCAAAGGAAAAAUUGAGCACUAAAAUGGCUUUUUCAAGUAGUCAAAAGGAUUCAAUAAACGAAGAGCUCUUUUCUUCGAAAAACCAGGUAUUUCUCCCGACGCAACUUCCAACAGCGUAUGAGGAAGAGGACGUUUACGCUCACGAGAUUGUGCAGUCUCUUUCAAAUGAGUUAGAUGGCAUUGAAAACUGUAAUUUCGUGAAGCACCAUGGGGCAUUGAUGAUAAACUGAAAACUGAUUCACUUUAAUUACAAUGAGCGUAUUUACAACACUACAUUCUUCGCUCUGGUCGCAAAAGCUGUUACACUUGAGGCAAAAAAAAGAAUCGUCGCGUCGUGACAUAUGUCAACUUUGAGACGCUCCUGUAUCAUCAAAUUUGCCUAAAAAAUUUCGAUUUUUUUUAUUUAUUCUUCAAAGCCUUAACAACUUCUAACUUUUUCA